AUGCUUGCCAACUCAGACUUUAUAAAUGCUAUUAGACAAAAACAAGCCUUCAAUCAAGGUUAUAAAGAAGGUGCAGAAGUCAUUAUGAAGUAUGGACAACUCAGAGGAACUUUGAGUGCUUUGCUCUCCUGGUGUCACCUUCAUGAUAAUAGUUCAGCUUUGAUCAGUAAAAUAAAUAAUCUGGAUGCAGUUGACCAGUGCGAAGAGCAUGUGCUCAAACAUCUGAAAUCAAUCACCCCACAGCCCCAUGUUGUCCAUUUAUUGGACUCCAUUCAGGAUAUGGACCUUUGUCAUGUAGUUCCAGCUGAGAAAAAGAUGGGUGAAGCUAAAAAUGAAAGACUCUGUGAAAAUAAUGCUGAGUUUAACAAAAAUUGUAGGAAGAGUCUUAGUGGGGUAGAUUGUUCAUCUUCAGAAUGUUGUGUAAUGGAGGAGCAUGGACAUUUUGAAAACCCAAGCCUCACUUGGAUUUUAGAACAGACAGCCAGUUUAGUAAAACAGCUGGGAGUAUCAGUAGGCAUAUUACGGUACCUCGAGCACUUUGAAAAUUAUCUUCUUUUGUAAUGAAAAUAACCUUCAGAACAUUCCUUAGAGCAUUUUGUCUGUUAAAAA